AUGUCUUCAUUCUUGCCGGAUGCUUUUCAAACGCAGUCCCCUGAACCCACUGCAGAAUCAGAGACAGGCCAGCUGUCCGGUUCUGGUUCCAGCAAAUUUGUCUCAUUAGCAGAGCCACAGAGCUCUUCUACAUCUUCCUUCCCUGUUUUAAGCAUUAGCGGAGAAAGUGGAGAUAGUCAUUCAAACCUACGUCUGCCUAAGCAGCAUGCCGCAAAAGUGGCCAAACGUCUCACUGGAAGACAACCAGUGGAGGGAUCAACCCCUUCUAUUCGUUCAUUCGCCAGCCAGAGCAGCAUAGGCUCUAAUUCUAGGCUCGAACAGAAUCGUGCCGUGAAAGACGAAAAUGAGACAGACAAAAGCAAAGAUGAAUCAUACACGUCUCGGCAUCAAAACAGCCUUCUUUCGCAGGUUUUUAAAUGGCUGGAAGCAGAAAAGGUCAAGAGGGCGUCACGACGGUCGAAAAAUGAUGCUAGCCGACUGCCGGAAUCCGAUUCUAAGAGUGCACAUGACGAUAAGAAUGCCACUGAAGCUCUAGCAACCUUUGAAGAAGAAGAUGAUAUGAAAUCAUUAGAAGAACUUGAGCGCAUCCUCGAGGAGAAUAUGGUUAUUGGAGACAAGUUAAGCCACCAUGCUCCACACCGCAGACUCAAAAGUCGGCCUUCUUCGCUUUUCAAAAAUCGGCGCACCUCAACAGGGGCUUCAUCAGAUACGGACUUCUAUGACGGUGACAUUCUUGUCCCAAGCUGUGACACUGUUUUGGAUAAUUCCAAAACAUUGGCUUACUCGGGCGGCGAACGGAACUCUGACCUAGGCCCUGAAAACUCUAGGAAAAGAAUCACGAAAGAGAAAGAAGCGUGGCUAGAGUUCAAGGGCGAAAUUCUUCGCCUUGCUCACACGCUUCGAUUGAAAGGGUGGAGAUCGGUUCCUCUCGAUCACGGCGGCGAGUUAGAGGUAGAGCGUCUAAGUGGUGCUCUUACGAACGCAGUUUAUGUUGUGUCUCCUCCUCUAAGGAUUCAGACCGAGUCGCUGGGUGCUUAUGGUGAUGCAAGUGCACGACCGUACAGAAAGCAACCGGCGAAGCUGCUUCUGCGUAUAUAUGGGCCUCAGGCAGACCAUUUGAUCGAUCGACAAAAUGAACUUCAAAUUCUGCGUCGGCUCGCGCGGAAAAAAAUCGGGCCACGUCUCCUUGGCACCUUUACGAAUGGUCGAUUCGAAGAAUAUUUUCGCGCCCGCACAUUGGGACCGCGCGAUCUCCGUGACCCGGAGACAUCAAAGCAAAUUGCGAAACGAAUGCGAGAGUUGCAUGAUGGGAUCGAUCUUCUUUAUGAUGAGCGCGCGUCUGGGCCAUUCGUUUGGCGAAAUUGGGACAAGUGGGUGGAAAGAUGUGGACAGAUAGUCACGUGGGUGGAUGAGCAAGUCCUGGCUGGAAAGAAUACUUCUAUCAAAUCAGCAAUGAAGGGUCUGGUGUGCGGCGUCACUUGGCCACAAUUUUGCGAAGUCGUCGGUCGAUAUAGGCGAUGGCUCGAUGGACAGUAUGGUGGCCCCGAGGCAUUGAAACAGCGUCUUGUCUUUGCGCAUAACGAUACACAAUACGGAAACAUUCUCCGCUUAGAGCCAGGUGAUGAGUCGCCGCUCUUACUGCCAGCUAAUAAGCACAAGCAACUCGUUGUGAUUGACUUUGAAUAUGCUUCGGCUAAUGUACCUGCACUAGAGUUUGCAAACCAUUUCACGGAGUGGUGCUACAACUAUCACGACCACGAAAAGCCAUAUGCAUGCAAUACAGCGGCAUACCCGACACCCGAAGAGCAAAGCCGCUUCAUCAAGUCCUAUUUGCUCCAUCGCCCUCAAUUUCCCUCUCAGAAUUCGGCGACGCCAACUAUGGUGCCUGCGUCAGGCCCGUCAAGUACCAUCUCAUCAUUCAUGCUUGAUAGUCGUGGCCCGCCUCUUCAGCUAAUUGAAGAAGAAGAUACUCGACAGAAGGCCAUCGAAGAGGAGACUAAACAAUUGAUGAAGGAGGUACGCCUUUGGCGCGUUGCCAAUUCUGCGCAGUGGGUAUCGUGGGGUAUCGUACAGGCGAAGCUGCCAGAAGCCUUUGAGCCAAAAGCAGAGUCUCCCUCAGACACUCGCUCCCAGGCCUCCAGGACUGCGACUGAAACCCUUUGUGGUGAAAACCCUGAGGGAUUGGUUUCGCAGGCAUUGAGAAAUGAUAUAGCGCUGACGGCUGAGCUCAGGGAAGAGGAUGAUGAGUUUGAUUACCUAGCAUAUGCCCAGGAGAGAGCUCAGUUGUUCUGGGGCGACGUAUUAGCCUUGGGCGUGAUCAAGGAGGAUGAGCUUCCUGUCGAGCUAGUGCAGCAGAUCAAGAGUCUCUCUUACUGA